GGCGAAGGAUUAAAAUGGUUUGAGUGUUUAGAGAAGAGAUGUGGUCAAAACCUCGUGCUUGUGACGUUGUAUGGGGUUGGUUAACAGUAUCUCAUCAAAGAAAGUACAACAUCUUGAACAAGUGUCCAACCAAAUGGAAAUAGAGGAAGGUUCCGAAUUGUGUAGAGAAAGUAUCAUGCAUUGGUGAUAACGAUACAUGUGAGUUGGGCACGUUUCCUUUGGCGACUCACUCACAACACGGGGCAGUUGAACAGAAGUUGUUGGAUGUAGUUGGCCCUUUGAGCUUUGGUUGCAAUGCUGGGAUACUCAAAAGACUAGCCCUCCUUUUUAUUUCAAUAGUAAGACCAUUUCUCUCUCGAUCAGUCUUUUGGGUAAUGUCCAACCUCCUCUCACCUUCCACCAACCUUUUUCUGCUCUUUAUAAAGAUCCAUUCAUUUACAUUCUGAGUUCCUCUCUCAAUACUCAGUGGAGCCCCCCAUGGAUGGAGAUGGAGACCACGCCCCGCCACCACCACCACCACCACUAUUGCCAUUGCCAUCUCAAGCCUCUUCUUUCCUCUUCACACCCUCAUUGCCAUCCUCCUCAAUGCACCCACAUCUUCAACUCCCACCACCACCACUGCCGCCACUGCAAGCUCAAAUCCUUGGAGAUAUUGACUGGGCUACCCUUCUCUCCGCCCAAACCGGGCUCAGCGACCUUUACCCAAGAGCUGAAGGCACCUCUUCUGUAAUGGCCGAGGAAGAAAAGGGCAGCAUCAAGGAUAGGAGGAAGGGUGUUAGGACGACGAGAAAAGCAACCCGACCGCGGUUCGCCUUUCAGACGAGGAGCGUGGAUGAUAUUCUUGAUGAUGGAUAUCGCUGGAGGAAGUAUGGGCAGAAAGCUGUGAAGAACAGCAUCUAUCCCAGGAGCUACUAUCGCUGUACACAUCACACAUGCGAUGUGAAGAAACAGGUACAGAGGCUCUCAAAGGAUACAAGCGUUGUGGUGACAACAUAUGAAGGCAUCCACAACCAUCCCUGUGAGAAGCUGAUGGAAACCCUAAGUCCUCUCUUGAAGCAAAUACAGUUCCUCUCUAGAUUCUAAGCCCUGCCCCUUUCCUUUUGAAGAAAAGAAGAUGCAGAAUCAUUUUCUUUCUUGGAAUUUCUAUGGUUGAUUAAUUACUAUUACAUAGUAGUAAUGCGCCAAUGUCAAUAUAUGUAUGUGUAUUUACUUGUACCCAACAUGUGACAACUUCUAUAUAUUUAUAUAUUUUAUAUUAUUGUGAAGGUAUUGGAGAAUGUUGAUGCAAAAAUAAUUAGGAUCUCCUCAUUUCUCA